AUGGCGAUUGGCAACAACUCUCGUUAUCAUGAGGCAUUGCUGCUGCUUCCUGGCACCCCAUCAACCUCAUUCUCUUCGUUGAAGGCUGCAUACGGUCCUGCACUGUCAACAGUCCUUGCCGACCUCUCUCGUCCCAUCAGAGGAACUAACGGCACUGCAGUGUUAGAUAUUGGAAUCACCAUCCGUGGGCUGGCUGCACCGGAUUCCGCGCCACGAGGCAGAGCUUUCGCGCAUUUGCAGCACUUGUUGGCUUCUUUUUAUAGGCUCCUUGGAGUGACCAGUGCCGGGCAAUCCGUGGAGUUGGAUGGCCCAGGUGGGGUAGAUGCGAGGGUUUUUUUUAUUGACGACGAAAACAAUGGUACCAGCGGCGAAAAUGAAACCAACGACGAGGGCUGCGCCGAGACUUCCCGUACUAGUAUGGGCCCAAUCAUUCGACUGGCGGAUUUCACAGUUUCCGGUCGUUCCUGGAGAGUAGUGUUUUCUUUGGGGACAGUCGAAGGGGAUUUGCUCUUAGAUGCGCUUACCCUAACACUAAACCAACAAGGGCAACCAAAUACGGCUCCCAUUAUUCGAAAACUUGCGGGGUUGACAGGGUUAAAACUGCCCCAUGUUGUUCUUGAAGAACCCGAACCGCAUCCGUGCCGUCAUUAUUCUGUAGCUGUUGGAGGUACUUUCGACCAUCUGCAUGCGGGGCACAAACUUCUACUCACGGCAACCGCACUUGCCGUCGAUGCAGCACCUCCAGGGUCUAAGCCAACUCAGAGGACUAUCAUCGUUGGCAUCACGGGGGACGAGCUACUGGUGAAUAAAAAAUAUGCAGAUUUCCUUGAAAGCUGGGAUGAUCGAUGGCGCGGUGUUUGGGCGUUCCUGGAAUCAAUAAUAGAUUUUGCGCCACCCCUUGGGGAUCAAGCCACCAACACCAGCGCCGGCAACCAUAUCGAACAUGUCAAUCAUCCCGGCCCAAAUGGCAAAUAUGUCCGCGUGAGAGUGUCACCGGACUUGGAUAUCAAAUUUGUUCAGAUUUCUGAUACAUUCGGUCCCACAAUCACAGACGAAAACAUAAGCGCUUUGGUCGUGUCCAAGGAGACUCGAUCGGGCGGUAAGGCAGUGAAUGACGAACGGGAAAAGAAGGGGUGGUCGAAACUGGAGAUCUUUGAGGUUGACGUUUUGGAUAUUGAUGAAGAUGAGCGCAAGGGAGAGUCAGGAGAGAACUUUGAAAGCAAGAUAAGCAGUACUGAAAUCCGUCGACGCCAAAUGAACUUGGCCAAGGGGAAUUUAUGA